AUGUGGCCUGACUUUUGCUGGCAAGUCGCUCAGAUUAAGAAGAAAAAUAAAUCAAAGGAGUAUACGAUAUCAUUACAACUUAGAACUGAUGGUGAAUAUAGUGCUGAUACAGAUGAUGACAAAAACCCAGAAUCUAGUCAGAAUCAUAAACGAAAAAGAAGACAUGUAGCCAAUGAAGAUUAUGAAAUUAAUGAUUAUAGAACUGAUACAGAUGAUGACGAAAACCCGGAAUCUGAAUCAUAUACAAUGCAGGAACUUCACAUUGAGGAAGAUUCACAACUUGCUCAAUAUUCCUUCACCAUGUUGGAAUGGUCAGUGGUGAAUUUCGAAAUGUUUGUAGAAGCAGGCUGGGCAAGGAUUAGUAGACGGAUCAAGGAUUCAUCUGGGCUUGUGUUUGAUCAGUCAUUAUUCAUCUAUGUUUAUAACGAUGAAGUACUUUCAUUUGAUUUGCAGACAAAAGAUGAAGAAGAACUAUUACUAAAAAUGUUCCAUAAUGCAUAG